CCGCCGCUGCAUCAACUAGACAAGUGAUUACCGGGUACAGUAUGUCCUGAAUCCUGCUAGCCUGACUAAAUUAACUGGGGAAAAUAUCGAUACUAACACCGAUCUGAACAAAAAUGUGGAUUAAGCGUGCGCUUGCAGCUACAACAUGUGAUGGGGUUUGGUGACUUUUGAGCUCAAAUGUAACACCUGACCUUGCCCAUGACGGGUGAGACAAAACCAGAGGCUUACCUGUACAGGGGUGUGUCUGAGGAGGAGGAGCCAGAGUACCCGUGUGGCUCCAUGUCUCACCUGCACCACAUGGGCGGGGCCUCUGAGGGCAGUGACAGCAGUCAUGACCCACGACCCCAAACCCAGAUGCACGAGGAUAUGGAGAUGGGCGGAAAUGGCUCCAGUGGAAGUGGCACGGAAUCUCACAGUAAUGAGUCACACAGUAACGAGUCCCAUGGAAACGAGUCUAUGGGGAGUUCCAGUGGAAUCGGAAAAGAUUCUGCCAUCAUGACAUCGUCAGGGAGUAACAAAAGCUCAAACUCUCAAAGCCUUUCCCCUCCCAGCAGCAACAAUGCUUUCAGCAUGGUCGGUUCGGAGCAAGACAACCCUUCGACCAGCGGCUGCAGUAGUGAACAGUCAGCAAAGGCAAAAACUCAGAAGGAGAUUUUCAAGACACUGAAGGAGCUGAAAUAUCACCUGCCACCUGACAAACGCAGCAAGGGACGGGCUAGUACGCUUAACACACUCAAAUACGCCCUGCGCUGCGUCAAACAGGUCAAAGCCAAUGAAGAGUACUACCAGAUGCUUAUGAUCAACGACAGUCAGCCAUCAGGUCUGGACGUGUCCUCGUACACAAUUGAAGAAAUCAACAGUAUUACCUCAGAAUAUACCCUCAAAAAUGCUGAUAUUUUUGCUGUUGCGGUGUCCCUGAUCACGGGAAAGAUCGUGUACAUUUCAGAGCAGGCUGCAGGAAUCCUGAACUGCAGAAAGGAGGAGUUCAAAGACCGGAAGUUUGUGGAGUUUCUGACACCUCGCGACGUUAGUGUGUUCUACAGCUUCACCACGCCGUACAGGCUUCCAUCCUGGAGCAUGUGCACUGGAACAGAGUCUUCAUCCACUGAGUUUAUGCAAGAGAAAUCUUUCUUCUGUCGCAUCAGUGGUGGCAAAGAGAAGGAAGGAGAUCUUCAGUACUAUCCCUUCAGGAUGACCCCGUAUCUCAUGAAGGUUCAGGACCCGGAGCUCUCUGAAGAACAUUUCUGCUGCCUCAUACUGGCUGAGAGAGUUCACUCUGGAUAUGAAGCACCAAGAAUUCCACUUGAUAAGAGGAUCUUCACUACAACACACACACCCAACUGUGUGUUUCAGGAUGUUGAUGAGAGGGCGGUGCCUUUGUUAGGAUAUCUGCCUCAGGACCUGAUUGGGACACCUCUUCUGUUACAUCUACACCCCAAUGACAGACCUCUAAUGCUGGCAGUGCACCGGAAAAUUCUGCAGUAUGUUGGGCAGCCGUUUGAUCAGCCCUCGAUCCGGUUCUUUGUGAGGAAUGGAGAAUACGUUACUUUAGACACCAGCUGGUGUAGCUUCGUGAACCCCUGGAGUCGCAAGGUGUCCUUUGUUAUCGGGCGGCACAAAGUCCGUAUGGGUCCAAUGAACGAGGAUGUGUUUUCAGCUCCGGCACUCACAGAGGAAAAGAUCAUGGAUUCAGAUAUGCAGGAGAUCACAGAACAGAUUCAUAGACUACUUCUGCAGCCGGUCCACAGCAUGGGCUCCAGUGGUUAUGGUAGUCAUGGCAGCAAUGGUUCCCAUGAGCACCUGCUGAGCAUAGCAUCCUCUAGUGACAGUAAUGGAAACGGAAACGUGGUCAACAGUGGCAGCAGGAGCAAUGGGAACACCAGAAAGGAGGAGGGGAACAAGAGCAAACCGAGGUCAUUUCAGGAGAUUUGUAAAGGGGUUCAAAUGAUGAAGGUUCAGGACCAUCAGAGCUCCUCUACCAAACCAGAGCAGAGGAAGAGCAUAGACACAGGGUUCAGGCCUUUGUUCGUCAGAGAUGGACCUUCUGCAAUGGAGGAACGGAAGGACCACACAAUGUACUCGUACCAGCAAAUAAGCUGCCUGGACAGCGUCAUCAGAUAUUUGGAGACCUGCAACGUCCUGAACAGAGUAAAACGAAAAUACCAGUUCUCCUCGAACACCACCUCCUCAAACUCUGACGAGGACAAGAACACCUCCGAUGCCAGUCUACAGCAAACAGAGGAUCCUCUAGGUAUGGAGGUGCCAUCCUCUGUGUCUUUAAAGACCAAUGAAAAGCCUCCAUCAGGUCCCACCCCUGUUGUGGGAGGCCCUUUAUCUCCUUUGGACUUGCCCAGCAAAGCAGACAGUGUGGUGUCUCAGUGUUCCUACAGCAGCACUAUUGUACACCCGGGGGACAAGAAAACACAGCCAGAAUCAGAGAUAAUUGAGGAUGCUGCAGAAAGCCCCGCCUUUUCCGCACCUGUCAGUGUGGUUUCCCCACCCACAGUGGAGCAGGAAGCCUAUAGGAAGCUGGGACUUACAAAGCAGGUGCUGGCCGCACACACGCAGAAGGAAGAGCAAGCAUUCCUCAGUCGUUGCAGGGAACUCCUGCAUGGUCAGUCCCUCCAGAAGAAUUACCUUUCUAGCACACAAAGAAACAGAGGACAGGCUGCUGAAGGAGUUUGUGGAUUCAAGGCAGGACAAGGUGCGCCUGGUAGAGAGCCAACAACCAAGAAAAAUUGGCGCACCAAAAAGUCAAAGAAACCACGCACAAAACAUGCCGAUUCAUCAGAUAAUGCUGCAUCUCAGCACAGAUCUCUACCACCCCUGCAGGGUUUGAAUCAGACAUCCUGGUCCCCCUCCGAGACAUCACAGUCUGGGCUUUCGGUUCCAUUUUCCACCGUGGUUCCAGGGUACCCUCUCUUCCCUGUAGUUCCAUCCACUGUUCCUCCCCAAGCCCCUACUGGAAUAGCAGAGUCCCAAACCACUCAGGCCACGCCCACUGCUCCUGCUUAUCCUACCCCAUUAGUCACACCAGUUGUGGCAUUAGUUUUGCCAAAUUUUAUAUUGCCACAGAUAGGCACAGAAUCUAAUGGCCUCUUUCAGCCCCAGAAACCCUUAAGCGCCCAGCAGUCCUUCAAUUCCCAACAAUCCUUCAAUGCACAAAAGCCCUUCAACGUCCAGCAACCCUUCAAUGCCCAACAGCCCUUCAAUCCCCAGCAAUCCUUCAGUGCCCAACAGCCCUUCAAUCCCCAGCAAUCCAUCAAUGCCCAACAGCCCUUCAAUCUCCAACAGCCCUUCAAUGCCCAGCAACCCUUUCAGCCCCAGCAAGCCUACAACAUCCAGCAACCCUUGCAGCCUCAACAAGUCUACACCACCCAGCAAACCUGUUCAACCCUGCAGUGUCUUCAAAACCCCCAAGGCUGCAGUCCCCCACAGUCCUUUCAGACCCACACCUUCAAUCCCCAGCAACUUCCAUUUCCACCUCAGACAGCCUUCCAGUACGCUGGAACACCUGAACCCAAACCUUCCAUCAUUGAAUCUGCAGAGUGUAAUUUUUCCUUGCCACCCCCUCACUCCCCCCCACUGUUUGGGUCCCGCUCUAGUUCUCCACUGCAGCUGGACCUGCUUCAGAUGGAGGAAAAGCAGGACUCUCAAAGCACAGCACCCCCAUCAAACACCCAGGGGAACUGUAGCUCUGCACAGGACAGGAUCAACACUUCUAUUAACAGCAAAUCUUCUGCACCAGAUGAUUUGCAGCAGACAUUUUGCUCAGGUGAUGGCGGCCAGUACAGUGACCACUCCUCAUCCAGCAGUGUUUUGGAACUGUUGUUACAGGAAGACUCUCAUUCCGGCACGGACUCGGCCACAUCAGCAUCUACUGGCUCUACAUCCAAUGACUGCAAUACCUCCAACAGUGGCACAGGAAGCAACACAAGCAAGUACUUUGGCAGUGUGGAUUCCUCAGAGAACAAUCACAAGAGCCAAGAGACAAUCAAGGGGCAGGAGCCGAGUUUUGCUAAGUAUGUUCUUCAGGAACCUGUAUGGAGGCUUAUGGCUGAUGCAAAUGACCAUGUCAUGAUGACCUAUCAGGUGCCAUCAAGGGACAUGGAAAAGGUUCUGAGAGAAGAUCAAGUGCGUUUGAGACGUAUGCAGAAGAACCAGCCCUGUUUCUCCUCAGAACAGCGUAGAGAACUAAUCGAUCAGCACCCCUGGAUAAGGAAAGGUGGCUUACCCAACGCCAUCAACAUCAAGGAGUGCAUGUACUGUGAAGAUAACCCCUCUGCUCCGCUAGAAGAGGACAUGCCUGAUAUGGAGUUGGGCAGUUUAGGAGCGGAGGUGGGACAAGAUGGAGGAGGCUCUCGGAGAUAGAAAGAGAUUGAGCAACCCAGUGGAUAAACUGUUCUAUGACAAUCCACUAAUCUCCAAUGUGGCGAAAUGGCCUUCUAGGUUCACACUUGGCAGAACCAUUGGAUAAACUGUGCCUUCAUACUGCCAUUGGUCCACGUAUUCGGUGUGUGACCCAGAGCUCCACCUACAUUGAGGCCAACAGCUAAUACUGAUUAAGUUGUACACUCAGUCAAGAUCAGUCAACAUGAACACACUGGUGUGUAGGUAAGUUUGCACGAGCUGGUGCAAACUUGGCAACAGAAAUAUGAACAUUUGUGUAGAGGCAUUUUCCAUUUUCGUGAAUUUUUUUUUUAACUUUAGUCUACGAAAGGAACCAAAUCUACUCAAAUAAUCUUAAGUGCCCAUUCACUCUGUUGUUUGAUAUUCUGCUUCAUUCAUGUGCUGUCUGCAGCAGAAAGCCAUUCACACAUUAACAUUCUUUGGUCUUUGGUCAUGUAUGCCCCAUACAGUAAUAUCAAGUCAUAAUAAAAUACAAUAGCCGCUUUUCCACUGUCGGGCAUUUUAACGGAUUUAUACUGAACCUACAAUUUUUUUAAGAUUUCCCGAACCUGUAUCGUUGUGCCCUGCAUACGUAACCUGGCAAAUUCGGCAAAACUCCGCCUUUGACACUGACCCCGCCAAGGGUAAUCAUCGGGCCAGAGGCCAUUGACCCCGAGAAAGCCCCAAGGAGGCACGAUGAAACCCCAGAAGUUACAGUGGGAACGCAGGGGCCCUGACAUGCACUAGCAAUCCCUCAUUUGGCCCGAUAGUGUAAACGUGGCUAAUGACAGAGUAUAACCAGUGCAUAUUAUGGCAGCGUAUAGUGUUAGCGCAUUAGCAUCAUGAAUGCAGGAUGUAAACAAGACAAAUUAUUAAGAAAAAAGGCAUGCACUGAUUUAUUCCCCAAAAAGUCUAUUUUUUUUUUUUUUUUUUGGCUUUUGCAAUGUUUCAACCAUUAUGUCUUCAUCAUUAAAAAAAACAACAAAAAAACAUGACAAAAUAUUGAACAUAUUAUCUACUGCAUAUACAUUACUUUAAAUCAUCUUUGAGUGUUUAAAACAGCUUCUUUUACUGACCUCAUGUGAACUCUACCCAUAGAAUGAGGCAUAAAGUCAUUAAUAACACAUUUUAAUGUCACAUUAGUUGAUGUUUUACAUGUAGUCUUGUGCGUCGUCAUAUAUAAAUGUUCCCCUAAACGCCUCACCCAGUGGUGUGGACGAUGUCUGAAUGUUCAGAAAUAGUAAACCGUUGUACAACUGUUUCAGACUUCUUUCUAGGGGCCUUGAAUGGCUUUUUUUAUUUGGGAGAGGGGGAUCUAAUGUUCACCAUUAUCCUUUGUCAUUUGUUAAAGAAUGUGUGUGAAUAUGAAUAUGUGUUUAUUUAUGUGUGUGUGUAAAGAUUACAGUGUGCCAGAUAGCUUAAUGUUUAGCCCAAAGGUGCUGUUCAAAUAUCUGGGCUCUGAUUGGUUGGAACUGCUUUCACUCUCUGAUCAAACACUUGUGUGAUUCUGUCUCUUUAUUGUUCUAUCUGCAGAUCUCUCAGUCUGUUUCAAUAUGUAGCUACAGCAAUGUUUUUUCUCCAGGAUGUUCUGUGCAUACCAGAGUAUGUUUUUAUUUACGUAAAAUGAGAUGAAGAGCAUUUGUCUACAGUAUGCAUAACUGAAAGACGCAGCAGACCUAUUAUGAACACAGAACAAUAUAUAGGCCAAUACCAGUGCAUUACAAAUCAGGAAAUUACACCAUACUGUUGUUUUAGGGACCAUUUAAGCCAAAUAAGCUACUGCUAACAAUACAAGACCAGCCCAGUCUCAUGUCUUCUUUCCAGAACAUGCAUAGGAAGUAUAUUGAUUGUAGUUGUUCAGGGCCAUGCAAUCGAGGGAAUAUAUUUGUAGAUUUGUUUUGUAGGUCAUAAAAAAUUACAAACUGACCUGAUUUCUUCUCUUAUUAUCUUUUGUUUUUUGCUCAUUGAAAUGUUACAUUGCAGUCAAUCAAGAAAGAUGUCAUGGCGCCAGUGCUCUGAGUGGAGGCUUAUUUAACAGCAUUAAACAGACACAAACUCUCUGACCGUACCUCAAAAUGCUUACCUCUAUUCUAUGAGAUUCGGUGCAUUAUCGAGUGUACUUUGCAGCUAGGGGUGUUGGAAGUAUGAAAAUUGGAACUGGCCCUCUACAUCUCAGUUUCAGACUCUCAAGUGUUGAAAAGUAAAUGACAGUAUGAUACAAGCUGUAAAGUGACAGCAACUGCCUAUAAUGGUUGCUAUCGAGAAAUAUUUAGAUAUGUCCGAUUGUCUUUGUCACCCUCUUUCAGUUUUUUUUUUUUUUUCUUCAUAAAUGUAGUAAAACAAAUGUCACUUUAUUCUUACCUUGUAAUAAAAAGAUAUUUCAUG